AUGGCAGCUUACUGCACUAUGUGCGCUCGACCAUUUCCUCAUGAGAAAGCCCUCGAACAGCAUUUGAUAUACUCCGCUUCCCACAAAACCUACCAAAAUGGAAAGGCAUCGAAGCUUACUCGACGAGCUGGAGGCAGCGGGUACUCCACAGAAAGCGCUUCAAAUGCACCUCAAGCUAUAUCCUCAUUGCCGCGAGAAGUAGAGCUAUCAAGGCCCCUGGACCAACGUACUCUGAAUGGAACUUGGCCUGGACAGCAUGACAAUCGUUGGUCUAUAGUCCCGAUCUCCGAACAAGAGACAAGAUACGAAGAGUUACAUAAGCAUUGCCAUUCGUUAAAAGAUCUACGUAGGAGCGGCUUUACGGUUCAGGCGCAUAGCCCCACAUCUACUUCUGGAUCACGUAAGUGCACUAAAUGCCACGAACAGGCCACACGACUUCAGACCAUAACAGGAUGCUGCUUCCAUCCCGGUAGAAAAAAGGAAAUGAAAAACCAACAACAGCGCUACGACUGUUGCGACCUAAGCGGAGCAGGCUGUAAAUCAUCACCCAACCACGAUUACGGCCAGCCGACGCAGCGCUUGCUUGCAAGACGUGGCGAUUUCGAACUGACCCCUUCACUUUAUGGAGCACCUAAACGUCGGGCUGUGGCGUUGGAUUGCGAGAUGGGGGAAGCUAGAGACGCAACGUCAGAAGUGAUACUUCUUUGCGCUGUUGACUACCUUACUGGAGAGAGCCUGAUCCACCGAUACGUUUCUCCCACAAAGGAUUUGAUCGAUUGGCGCACUUGCAUCCACGGGGUGACCGAAUACAAAGUGACCGCCGCUACGGAACGUAACGAGGCUCUGCAUGGCUGGAAGGGCGCGCGACAAGAGUUAUGGAGACAUAUUGACGAGAACACAAUCCUCAUUGGCCAAGCAUUGCAGCAUGAUUUGAAGGCCCUCAGAAUGGUUCAUCACCGCAUUGUGGAUUCAGCAAUACUAUCAAAGAACGCCGUAGGGAGAAAAGGCCGUCAAUGGGGUCUUGCGGCUUUGUGCUCACAGCUACUCGGAGUUGAAAUUCGAAAGAAUAUUGGAGAAGUACACGAUUGCCUGGAGGAUACGCUCGCUGCAAGAGAAGUAGUACUUUGGUGCACUAGGGAGGCACAAAAACUUCGUGAUUGGGGAAAUGAAAAACGCAAAGAGCAAAAUGAAAGGAAGGCAAGUAGGAAAGCUAAGCGAACGAGGAAAGUAAAGGGUACUCGAGAAACCGGCAGUUCAGCUGGGCACAUUAUAGUUAGCUCAGACGAUGACGAGAUGUUAUGCUGGUCAGAUAUUGCGGAAGACUUAGGCUACCCUCCCGGAUACGAUCCUUGGUCAGACUAA